CAGUGCACGCCGGGAGUUGUAGUUUGCGUGAGGCGAUUGGCUGCCCCGGACCAAGCUCCGGCUUCAGCUGGAUGGCGGCUGCGACGCAUUGCUGCUGGCUCUGGGGCUGGUUCGUCGGGCUUCUAGGGUUUGUCUCGGGGACAGCCGCUGCCUGGGACCUGGCUUCGCUGCCCUGCAACUUCGGCGACUUCUGCGAGUGCGACUUCCAGCCUGACUUCCCGGGUCUGGAGUGUGAUCUGGCCCAACACCUGGCUGGCCAGCACCUAGCCAAGGCGUUGGUGUUGAGGGCGCUGAAGGCCUUUGUGCAUGACCCGGCACCCACCAAGCCUCUGGUCCUCUCCCUGCAUGGCUGGACAGGCACUGGCAAGUCCUAUGUCAGCUCCCUGCUGGCGCACUACCUCUUCCGGGGUGGCCUCCGCAGUCCCCACGUGCACCACUUUUCCCCCAUCAUCCACUUCCCCCACCCCAGCCACAUCGAGCGCUACAAGAAGGAUCUUAAGAGCUGGGUCCAGGGGAAUCUCACUGCCUGCGGUCGCUCUCUUUUCCUCUUUGAUGAGAUGGACAAGCUGCCCCCAGGCCUGAUGGAAGUCCUGCGACCUUUCCUGGGCUCUUCCUGGGUCGUGUAUGGGACCAACUAUCGCAAAGCUAUCUUCAUCUUCAUUAGCAACACUGGUGGCGAGCAGAUCAACCAGGUGGUGCUGGAGGCGUGGCGCAGCCGCCGGGACCGUGAGGAAAUUCGCCUGCAGGAGCUGGAGCCAAUCAUCUCCCGGGCUGUGCUGGACAACCCACACCAUGGCUUCUGGCGUUCAGGCAUCGUGGAGGAGUGCCUCCUGGAUGCUGUGGUGCCCUUCCUCCCACUCCAGCGGCACCACGUACGGCACUGCGUUCUCAAUGAGCUGGCCCAGCUGGGCGUGGAGCCAAGGGAUGAGAUCGUGGAGUCGGUGCUGGACAGCACCACCUUCUUCCCUGAGGACGAACAACUCUUCUCCUCCAACGGCUGCAAGACCGUGGCCUCCCGAAUCACCUUCUUCCUCUGA